CAGGAGUUUGUUUUGACCUAUGUUUGAUAACAGUACAUCUACACACUUUCGUUUAAUAAUCUUAUAUUUUUUCCAUCCGAAGAUUAAAACCACAAACAUGUCUUUUGUUGUUUUCUACAUUUCCUGCUACCUUCUUCGUCAUCUGCACCUUUUUGCGACUUUUUUCUGGUGUUUACGGUAAAGCCUCCGUCACGCGGAAGAACAGUCCAGCUAGCUCCUGCAAACACACGGACAUGUAAAGCGUUGUUCUGCGUCUUUUCCAUCGGCUUCAGUUCUUUUCUGUCGGAUGGAAACAUUCUCUGGUUGAUCUCCUCCCUAACCCCCCACCCCGCGCAGAGCGCUGUCUGCAUUAUUGCCAUGGCGACGUGCAUCCCCUUCCAAACGCAGCUGUCGUCAAUAAUGGAGGUCCUGGUGAAGGCGGCGGUGGCAGAGAUCUCCAAACUGGUCGACGACAAAUGCGCGUUUCUGCACCUGGAGCUGUCUCGGAAGCAGAGCGAGAAUGAGAUGCUGAGGAGGAAGCUGCUGAUGAUGGAGGAGAGCAGGAACGCGCAGCCGCCGCGCGGCCGCGAAAGCUACUCUGACCGAGGAAGUGACGCGAGGAGCAGCUGUCCUCAUCCCGGAGACAUGAAGUUUCAUCAGGUUGAAGAUGCUGCUGCUUCCUUCCCAAUCAAAGAGGAGAGUCCAGAUGAGGUGCUUUGGAUCAGUGACCCUGCUGGUCCUGCUGUGCAGUUCUGCAACGCCGGUCUGAAGAAUCAGAAGAUCUCUGAAGGUCUUCGGGAGAAUUCAGAGUUCAGUGACUCGUACAACCCCGCAGCGCGUGCAGUGGACGCCAACGGCCUUCAGUUCACCAUCAAGACGGAGAAGGAGGAGGGGCGGCUGAUGCUCCGGCAGGACGGAUGCCAGCAUGGCAGCGCGGCGAAGCCAGCAGCUGACUUUUCCGUGGACGAACGGGAAAACCAGCUGUGGUCGUCCAUCAUUGAAGGUGCUGACAUCGACGCGGGUUUUCCUGACUUCUCCAGCGUAGUGGAGGAGUAUUCUAGCGCUUUCUCUGAGCAAUCAGACGGCGCCAGCGUGGUGUCGAACUCCGGCAAGCCUCCCGGCGUGCAGCAGGCGUCCUGUCAGAGGCCGUGCAACGGGAUUUACCGAAGUGAAUUUCAUGUCCCGCAGUUAUCGGACUUUCCCGCGAGAACGCAGCAGGACAAACCCAAAGAGCAGGUUUACGUGCAGACUAACUCAUCGCAUGCGGCGCCGCUGCAUCAGCUGAGCGAGGACUCCGGGAGGGUGACCCUGCCCGCAGACAGACCAGCCGUUACCCAGAACUCUUUCACCACCAGCAGCUUCUACACGCACAAAGCCCUCUCCGGCGUGGCGCGCGGCUACACCUGCUCCCAGUGCGGGAAGUCCUUCAGCCGCCUCCACCAGUUCAAGCUCCACCAGCAAAGCCACAAGAGGAAGCGGGCCUUCUGGUGCGCGGUGUGCGGGAAAAGCUUCCAGUGUUCGUCCCACCUCAGCAUCCACCACCGAACGCACACCGGCGAGAAGCCGUACGGCUGCGGGCAGUGCGGCAAGAGGUUCACGCAGCAGAGCAGCCUGAGGGUCCACCAGCGCACGCACAGCGGGGAGCGGCCCUACAGCUGCGCGCAGUGCGGGAAGACCUUCAUCCUGAUGCACCACCUGAAGCGGCACAGGAUCAUUCACACCUACAGCUGAGGGGCGCGGCCAAACACAGCAACGUCCACCGUCUCAACCUGUACAUUCAUGCAUAUUUUCCUAUGCAAAGUCCGUCUGGAUGGUUUUUAACCCCAACAUAAAGCAUCACGCUCUUAUUUUGAAGGGUUAGCUCUUCGUGAGACACUUUCAAAGCUAAAAGUCCAAAAAGGAAGAGUUAAAAAAAAGUUGACAGUCAUCUGCAUCCACAGAUCAUGUCUGUCCUGUAGAAAUGAGCCGCCACGUUUCACCGGGCUUCACCUCUCCUCCAGCAGUUCUGCGAUGCAUCUCUCAGGUCGAAGCUGAACUGUCAUUGUAGUGGUUACAUCAGCAAACCUCUGCUGCAGUCUCUGUGUCAAAUCCCCUUUUGUGUCUUUUGCAUUAAAAAUAUUUUUUAAAACAUAAA